ACUUAAAAUUCGCUUCUAUAGUAUAAUUUACUUCUUCAUUGACUUUCGCAAUUAAUUUCAUUUUAAUUUAGUGUUUGUUUUUUUUCGAUAAAAAUUUAUAUGUAAAAUACAUAUUUUAUAAUUAUUUUUCUCAAUUUAUGUAUGUAUAUGUGUCACAGUGAAUUUUUACAUAAACAAAAAUCAAAGGGAAACGAUUCAUAAUUUAGAAUUUUAAUUAAAUGAAUGGAAUUUCCGCAAAUUCAGAUUACAUUCUUUGACAAGUGAUAUUUAAAAAAAGAAGUGAGAAAAAAAGCAAAAACUAACGAAGAAAUAAUAAAAUAUACCAAAAAAAAAAAAAAAUGGAGGCAACACAAACGUUUGAAUCACGAUUAAGGAGAAUGAUUCUUAUUGGUGAUGAAGAUGAAAUAAGGGCCUAUUUACAGUUUCAUCAAAUAUUUCAACUUGACAUUGGUAUAUUGAAUUUGGCAAUAAGUUGUAAUCGACUGGAAAUUGUUAAAAUGAUACUCAAUUAUGGAACACAAACAAAUCCAAAUCAAAGAAGUGCCUCAUUACCAUUGUACGUUGCCUAUCAAUGUAAAAAUUAUACCAUGUGCCGUCUACUUGUUUCACAUGGUGUUGACAUUAAUAUGGAAAUAAAUGAAAAUUUAACAUUAUUGGAGAAUGCAAUUUGUGACAAUGAAGUGAAUUUUGUUGAAUUUUCACUUGCAAAUGGCGCCGAUAUGAAUCGUAUCAAUAAAAAAUAUUCAUGUUCACCACUUCAUCUCGCAUGUUUUGUGGAGAAUGCAGUUAUUGUGGAGAAAUUAUUGAGAUAUAAUGCUGAAAUUGAUGCAAAGGAUUCAAGAGGUACGACUGCACUGUGUCAGAGUCUAUUACUAAACGACGCAAAUAGUGUCAAAGUUCUCAUACAAUUUGGCGCGAACGUGAAUUUCAUCACCAACGGUGGACAAGUUCCUCUUCAUCUAGCAGCAGGACACUUUAAAAAUACCGAAGUAAUGAGACUAUUUUUAUCAAAAAUUCAGAAUCACUAUCCCCAAGAUGAAACUAAUUGCAUUCCCCACUAUCUCGCGGUUUACAAGCAAAACACCGUCGCACUAGAAUUACUACUCGACACUAAUCCAAACAAAAAUGAUCCCCGAAAUAAAAUGACCUUCUGUCUCGCUCUCCUAGCCGGAAGUUCGUAUCUAAAAGACCGGAAGAUGAUUGACAUUUUUGUAAAACGUGGUUACAUGUUGAAAAACGAGGACUUUAGGAAUGUUCAAAUACCACAACCCUGGAGGGAGUGUCUCGAGAAGACCCACAAAAGUACCGACUAUCAAUUCGUGCCGUUAGUGGUCCGAAAAAUAGUGACAAUCGAGAUACUUUUUGGUUUUUUGGUCCUAAAAGCGGCGGUUAUACUCGGACUCAAGGAAUUAGUGAUGAGUCUCCUGAAUCCAAAGGCUGAGCUAAAUGUCGGUUUUAUGGAGAAGCGAAGAUCGUUUCUACACAUGGCGGCCGAAUUCGGUCACUUGGAGGUUGUUGCCGAAUUAUUGCGACGUGGGGCCGAAGUGAAUUACACCGAUGCCGAUGGAAUGAGUGCACUGCAUUUCGCCGCAAGGAAUGAUCGUGGUAAUAUUGUUAAACUCCUCCUCGAUCACGGUGCAAAUAUCGAGGCGAAAAGUAAUAAUUCCGAGACGCCAUUAUUCCUGGCCGUCCAUUGCUGUUCAUAUCAGUCGAUAACACUUCUACUCAACUCAGGCGCCGAUGUCAAUUGUCCCGAUUCAAGUCUCAUGUCACCAUUGCACAUCGCCGCCGAAUUCGAGCAGGAAAUGCUCGUUCAAUUACUCCUUCAAUAUGACGCCGAUAUAGACGCAAAAAUACCCAACAACGAGACAGCACUCGAAAUAAGCCUCCGACGUAAUGGUAAAGAAAAUAUGAAAAUUGUGAAAAAUCUUCUCAAUAAUGGCGCCAAAUAUUACGCCGACUAUCAACCGAUUUAUUUCCGUGAUUAUCACAAAUUACUCAUAACCUAUAAGAUCCGUUGGGAUUUUAUUGGUUCGCAAAAUAUUUCCUACAGUCUCUCGCCAACGCGCGCUGAAACAUUAAUUUUCUCCGGCGAUUGUGAUGAUGAAAUUGAAAAAAUUAAGUUUAUGAAAAUUGGCCUCACGCAAACAAUUGGACAUCUUUUGAUAAAUUGGGACGACGAUCAACUUGCUCUUAUCUUAAGAAACGAGAGUUAUGUCGAAAAUUUGAAAUCAGCGAAAUUACAUUUAAUGUUUCCAAUUUAUGGUGCAAUUAUUGAGGCUAAAAUAUUGCGAGCAUUGAGAAGAAGUCGUUUACUCAAGAUGGCGCAUCAUUGUCUUGAUGUUCUCUUCAGAAAAUCCGUCUCACCGUUAAUUAGUGAUAAUAUUUUGUUGGGUCUAACGAAUUUGGAUUUACGACGUUUAAUCGUUGCAACGCCCUUUGAGUGUGAGAGGAAGAAAAAUUUCUUCGCCAAUGGUCUUUUUUUGGUACGUAAAAUAAAAGACUAUGUGGAUUGAAUUUUUCCUUCUUUAACGCAAAUAUAAUCAAGGCUAGUCAAUAAUUUUUAAUUAUCUUAUUCUUGUAGUUAACUACUUUUUCUUGUAAUUUUUUUUAAACGAUGACAAUUUGACUUUUGUGGAGAAAUUAUUUUGUAAAGAUAUGAAUGCACCUUUAUUCUUGGAAUUUCGUUUAUGGUAGGUUCACACUCCUAUUUGAUUGUUGAAAAUUUACUGAAAAUUGUACGAACAAAAGUGUAUGAACGAAGCAUUAAUGUGUUUUGCAAUCAAUGAACAUAUUGAGAAAGAAAAAAUAAAUUUCAAAGAUUAAUUAUUA